AUGGAAGAGGAGGAGGAGGGCAAGAGGAAAGGUGUCAGGGAGGCCUCGGGAGACUCAGAGGAGCGAGGGAGCAAGAGGAAGAAGGAGGAGAAACAGAGAAGAAGACACAGACCAAAAUGUCACCACUGUCAACACUGUGACAAAUCCUUCACAUCUGGACAUUUAAAGAUUCAUCAGAGAGUUCACACUGGAGAGAAGCCUUACAUCUGUGAUCAAUGUGGGGCAGCUUUCACACUGAAGAGUAACCUAAUGAUACAUCAACUCAUUCACAACGGAGAGAGGCCGUACAGCUGUGAUCUAUGUGGUCAAACCUUUUCUAGGAAGGGUAACCUAGUAAUGCACCAGCGUGUUCACACCGGAGAGAAGCCGUACCGGUGUGAUCAAUGUGGGGCAGCUUUCACAGUACAGCGUAAUCUAAAAUUACAUCAACGCAUUCACACUGGAGAGAAGCCGUACAGCUGUGAUCUAUGUGGUAAAACCUUUUCUAGGAAGGGUAACCUAGUAAUGCACCAGCGUGUUCACACUGGAGAGAAGCCGUACAGCUGUGAACACUGUGGGAAAAUGUAUUCUCAUAGUAAUGCCCUUAAAACACAUCAACGCAUUCACACUGGAGAGAAGCCGUACAGCUGUGAUACAUGUGGUAAAACAUUUAUUGUGAGCGAUAGUCUUAAAAGACACCGACAUGUUCACACCGGAGAGAAGCCGUACUCGUGUAAACAAUGUGGGGAAACGUUUUCUCUGAGAUGUUACCUUAAAAAACAUCAACGCAUUCACACUGGAGAGAAGCCGUACUUGUGUAAACAAUGUGGGGAAACGUUUUCUCAGAGAAGUCACCUUAAACGACACCAACGCAUUCACACUGGAGAGAAGCCCUACAGCUGUGAUCUAUGUGGUAAAGCCUUUACUGAUAGUGGUGGCUUUAAAAAACACCAGCGUGCUCACACUGGAGAGAAGCCGUACUUGUGUGAACAAUGUGGGAAAACGUUUUCUCAGAGAAGUCACCUUAAAAAACAUCAGCGCAUUCACACUGGAGAGAAGCCCAAAUAGUCUGAACAAGUAAAUUAGCUUUAAAUAAGCAAAACUACAAAGAGACAGAUGAAAGUGCAGCUUCAAGAAGAAAACAAUAACUACAGUUGGGUUCGAAGGUUUGGGCACCCUAGAUAAAUAUGUGUGUUUAUGUGCAUAAAGAAGCCAAAAAAAAGAUGGAAAAAUCUCCAAAAGGCAUCAAAUGACAGAUAAAACAUUUGUAUAAUAUGUCACAAAAAGUUGGAUUUUAUUUACACUAUUUACACUUUCAAAAUAACAGAAAACAAAAAAAAUGACGUCUGCAAAAGUUUGGGCCCCCUGCAGAGUUAAUACCUAAUACCUUAAUACCCCCCACCCCCCCUUUGGCAAGUAUCACAGCUUGGAAAGCCAAUAGUCUUUAAUUCUUGUUGAAGGUAUCUUUGCCCAUUCUUCUUCCAAAAGUCCAGUUCUUUGAGGUUUCUGCUCCUUUAAGGUCUAUCUAUAGAUUAACAUGUUGAGGUCAGGAGAUUGUGAAGGCCAUGGCAAAACCUUCAGUUUACGCCUCUUGAUGUAAUCCCCCGUGGAUUUUGAGGUGUGUUUAGGAUCAUUAUCCAUUUGUAGAAGCCAUCCUCUCUUUAACUUCAGCUUUUUCACAGAUGGCAUCAAGUUAGCGUCCAAAAUUUUUGGACGCUAACUUGCUUUUGACUAAUUCUGGUAUU